CGAAGAAAGCAAAUGAGAAAAGUGGACCAAAUGGUUGCCGGCUUGCCGCUCUCGCGUUGAGUCUGGACUUUGAAAUCCCAGCAAUUUCUGUAUGUGGAAAACCCUCGGAGUUUCCGAAAAUCCACUUCCAGUAGUUCUCCGUUGUCUGGGUCGGUAGGUGUUGGUAGGGUUUCUAAAAUGGAAACCGUAGAUUUUGUUGCAGACAAGAUACGAGGUUUCACGAAAUCGACCCAGGAGAUGUUCGACAGCCUCGUUCAUGGACGCCCUCGGCCUUCAGCUCGUCGACAUCCGAUUGAAAUAUUGAAGCGGUUGCAACGAGAAGCGUUUUCGGAUUUGAUGAGACUGAGGGAUAGACAAGAUAAGGUUGAGAGAAUGGUUUCCUUGUAUGGAACAUCCAGGGGAAGUCCAUUCCAAGAAGCCAGCACCCUUGUAAGGGGAGAGGUUGAUCUCUUGGGGGCUUUCUUAUUCGUGCUUAAUAGUGAGGAUGAGGCUGAUCACAGCUCUGAUGCUCUUACUCGAGCCGGAAUGAGAACUGGGGUCGAUUCAAAGUUUGCUUUUGAAACUACUGUUCGGGAGAAUGAUACGCUUGUUGCAGAAUUUGUGGCCGGUCAAAAGCACAAGAGUAGUCUUUCUAAUCUUUCAGAAUGCCCACUUUCUCUAGCAAAAGUUUCCUAUACGGCAAAUGUUAGCAACUGGUUAUCUGCGAUUGCAAUCCCAGUGGGAGCUCGGUGCAGGGAUGUUGCGGUUCUUACUAGUCCAUCUCACCAGGGGAAGGGCCUUACUGAUCUUUCAUCAUUUGGGCCACCUCUUCUAAAUCAACACAAUGGCAGUGCAAUUGGUUUAAUGGUGAAAAAAUCAAAUGUUGUUGCUUCAUUGGCUCAGUUUGUUUCCGGACUGGCAACACAAGCAGGUUCAGGUAGAGUUGGGCGCUGCUUGAGCACUUUUGGGCAAAUUGUCUAUCAACUUCCCGGAGGAACAAAGCUCUCGCUUCUAGGUCUGCACCAAAUACCUAAGUUAUCUAGUGAACGUGGGGAGCAUAGAAUUGGAGUUCUUACGAUUCCUUUAAGCAGUUUGGUGCGUCGCAAGCCCCCUGAGACAACAGUUGAGGGCAGUUUGACACAGCACACCUCCCCCGAGACAAUGGUUGAAGCCUUUGCUCCACCCCUAGGAACAAACUCUGGGUCAACUGGAUCUGUUGCUCUGAUGUUGGAAUCAGAAAUUGAUGAGUUCACAAAGCUUGGGGGUUGGAUUGAGAUGAAGCAGUCGAAUCCCAAGCAUUUAGAAUGGGCUGUGACCGUUGCUGAUGAUUCGGAAGAUUCAGUUGGAUGGGGAAUAGGUUUAAAUGGGAUACUUGCAGGUCCAAACUUAUGGGACCGUUUUCAGGCUGAAUCGUACUUCAAGUUUAACUUGGGUAAGAGGUUCAGUGUAAAGCCAGGGGUUGCAUAUAUAAGGGAUGGGAAUGCGAAAAUGACCGCCUUUAUGCUGCGGUCAAACUGGUCUCUUUGAUUGAGAAAACGAUCAAGCUGCAGGUCCUUUGUUUAGCUCGCGGUUGAAGACGUGCAAAUCUGUAUGCCAGACACCGAUCCUAUGUCGUUAGUCUCGAUCAUAGUUAUUAUUUAUGUGGAAGAGGGAAAUUAUGUUUUAGAGAACACCUGCAUAUGAUGUUUCAUUGACUAAUCGAAGUGGCUCUAUAGAUGAAGCACUUGGGGCUAGACCUGUAAACGGGUCAUCCGAACCCGAUCCGUUAAGUUAACGGGUCAUCCGUUUCACCCAUUAACACCCGUUAACAAUUAUUAUUAUUAUUAUU